CCAUGACCAACUCAGGCACUCGGACCAGACCAUGACCAUGGAGCGGCUGCUGUGGGCGUCCACGCAGGCGCUCGGCUGCGGCGGCAAGCGCGACGAAGCCGGGCUGGUGGGGCAGCUGGGCGAGUGGCUCUGCCGGGCCGCGCUACCGCCACCGCGGGUGUGCGGGGCGCCCGGGGGGCCGCCCGUUACGGUGCGCCGGGUGCGCCUGCGCGACGGCCGCCACCUGGCCUACGAGGAGUCCGGCGUGCCCAAGGAGGUGGCGCGCUACAGGAUCAUCUUCUCGCACGGCUUCGCCGGCUCGCGCCUCGCAGGAAGUUGCGGAGGAGCUAGGCGUGUACAUGGUGGGCUUCGACCGCGCCGGCUACGGCGAGAGCGACCCGAACCCUUGCCGCUCCGUGCGGAGCGCGGCGCUGGACAUGGAGGAGCUGGCCGACGCGCUGGGCCUGGGCGACAGGUUCUACGCCGUGGGCGUCUCCCUCGGCUGCCACGCCAUGUGGAGCGCGCUCCGCUACAUCCCGCACAGGCUGGCGGGCGCCGCCAUGCUGGCGCCCGUGGUCAACUACUGGUGGCCCGGGCUCCCCGCGGGCCCGGCGGCGGAGGCGUACGCGCGGCAGGCGCGCGGGGACCAGUGGGCGCUGCGCGUGGCGCACCACGCGCCCGGGCUCCUCCACUGGUGGAUGGCCCAGCGCUGGCUACCCACCUCCACCGUCGUCGACAACACCACCCACCUCCCCAACGGGCGCGACGCCGAGGUCCGCCGCGCGCUCGCCGCCGACGGCACGCUCCGGCGGAAGCGGGAGGCGGCCACACAGCAGGGCGUGCACGAGUCCUACCACCGCGACAUGGCCGUCAUGUUCGGCAGGUGGGAGUUCGACCCCAUGGACCUGCCGGAGCCGCCCUGCCCCGUGCACCUGUGGCAGGGCGACGAGGACGGCCUCGUGCCGGUCGUCCUUCAGCGCCACGUCGCCGGAACCCUCGCGUGGGUCAACUACCACGAGCUCCCCGGCACCGGACACUUCCUGUCCGCCGUCCCUGGCCUCGGGGACACCGUUCUACGGACACUCUUCGGUUCAUCAGCCGCCCUGGUAGCGUAGCAUCAACCAAGUACAGGAUUAUUAUUUGAUCAUGAGCUCUGAACUCAUGAUAGGUGUGUCAUUUAGCUUUUGUUCUUUGUUCCUCUUGUUUCUUUUGUAAAAUUAUGCUGCCAACAGGCAUCUGUAAAAUGAAAGUUCUUCUGGCACAUAGUGAUAUUAUUAUAACAUUCUUUUUCAGAAUAUAAACCAAUUUUUACAACAA